AUGGGAGAAAAGACUUGUAAUAUUGCUAAUUUGGACACACGGUUUAGAAAUAAUCCCGCCGAGCAAAGAACCUGGGAUUUUGAGAGUCCACUUACUCUUGGACGUUGUAAAGGAAAAAGAAGUUGUAACUGGUUGGAUGAUCAGCGGGCCAGUGUGGGGAAUCUUCCCGGCCUCCGCAUCACGCCCAGCAACCUGGGUCACCUUCGCAUGGACGACGAGGCCCAGGAACCUGCCGAUGAUUUCUUCAACAUGCUGAUGAAGUGCCAGUCCUCCCGCCUGGAAGACCAAUGCUGUGCCCCGCCCCAUUCCGCCCCCCGUGGACCCACGGUGCCGGAUGAGGAUUUCUUCAGCCUCAUCCAGCGGGUUCAAGCCAAGCGCAUGGAUGAGCAGAGGGUGGAUCUGGCUUCAGGCGAAGAAGACCAAGCGGAGGACUGAGCACCAGAUCGCCAGCAAAGGCCCAGCUUCGUUUAAGCCAGAGCAAGCGCCCAGCGAAGGGA